GGACUUAGCAGCCGGGAGAGAGCCCGGCGCGGGCGGCGCGCACCGGGCCCUGCUGUGCGCGCGCCCGCCCGCCGCCCGCGCAGCCCCUCGACCCGCUCUGCCCUCGGGGUCGUGGCGCCCAACCCUCCCUUGUUCUGCCGUCGCCGCCUGGACAGGGGCUCGGGAGUCGGGCUGGGGGCAGGGGCGGGAGCCGCGGGACCAGCGCCUGAGCACAGAUGCCCGGAGAAGCCAUGGAGCUGAGCAGCAAGAAGAAGCUUCACGCCCUGUCACUGGCCGAGAAGAUCCGGGUGCUGGAGCUCCUGGAUGAGUCCAAGAUGUCCCAGUCGGAGGUGGCCCGGCGCUUCCAGGUCUCCCAGCCCCAGAUCUCGCGCAUCUGCAAAAAUAAGGAGAAGCUGCUGGCGGACUGGUGCAGCGGCACAGCCAACCGGGAGCGCAAGCGCAAGCGGGAGUCCAAGUACAGCGGGAUCGACGAGGCUCUGCUCUGCUGGUACCACAUCGCCCGGGCCAAGGCCCGGGACGUGACGGGGCCCAUGCUGCUUCACAAAGCCAAGGAGCUAGCCGAUAUCAUGGGCCAGGAUUUCGUGCCCAGCAUCGGCUGGCUGGUUCGAUGGAAACGCCGAAACAACGUCGGCUUUGGGGCCCGCCAUGUUCUUGCGCCUUCAUUCCCCUCUGAGCCACCUCCCCCGGGGCUCACAUCCCAGGCCCAGCUGCCUCUUUCCCUGAAAGACUUCUCUCCAGAGGACGUCUUUGGCUGUGCUGAAUUGCCCUUGCUGUAUCGGGCAGUGCCCGGCAGCUUGGGUGCAUGUGAUCAAGUACAGGUGCUGCUGUGUGCCAACAGCAGGGGCACCGAGAAGCGGCGGGUACUGCUGGGUGGGCUCCAGGCUGCCCCGAGAUGCUUCUUUGGGGUCCGCAGUGAGACUCUGCCUGCCUCCUACCACCCUGACCUGGGCAUCCCCUGGUCAGAGUGGUUGGCACAGUUUGACCGGGACAUGGGAGAGCAGGGCCGACAGGUGGCCUUGCUGCUGGCUGCCCGAGUGGUAGAGGAACUGGCAGGCCUUCCUGGGCUCUACCACGUGAGGCUCUUACCUCUGGCCACCUCUGGCACCACGCCUCCCCUCCCUAGCUCGGUGGUCCGGGCCUUUAAGGCCCAUUACCGGCACCGGCUGUUGGGCAAACUGGCUGCCAUCCAGAGCGAAAGGGAUGGCACCUCGCUGGCUGAGGCCAGGGCGGGCAUCACAAUGCUGGAUGCCCUGCAUGUGGCAGCAGCCGCCUGGGCCAAGGUGCCUCCUCAGCUCAUUUUCAGCAGCUUCAUUCAGGAAGGGCUGGCUCCUGGCAAAACACCCCCGUCCUCGGACAAAGCCUCUGAGAUGCCACCAGUACCCAGCGGGCUGAGUCUAGAGGAGUUUUCCCACUUUGUGGACCUGGAAGGUGAGGAGCCAGGGCCCGGGGUGUGCAAAGAGGAGACAGGCACUGAAGAUGAGGAGGGGGACGGAGAGGGCACCUUCGAGCCCCUGCCCACCAGAGCUGAUGCCCUCCAGGCCCUGGGCACGUUGAGGAGGUGGUUUGAGUGCAACAGCACUUCUCCUGAGCUAUUCGAAAAAUUCUACAACUGUGAGGAGGAGGUGGAGCGGCUUUGCUGCCUGUGAAGGCGCCUUCGAUGCUCGCCAGAGCCCCCCCCCCACUCCUGUUUCCCAUGGAAACGGCCUCUUCAAAAGGCAGAUCCGGCUGUCUCUUUCCUGUGGAAAUGCAACUGUCAUAAAGGUGUAGAAGUUGGGACGCCAAGUCUGAGCUUGGAAGAAGAGAACCCCAAGAAGAGAGCUCUGAAGAUGGUACUUCUGGGGUAGGAAUCCAGGCUACUUAGUUUCUAAACCCUGCUUCAAAGUUCUAGAGCCUUAGAGAGGGAGCUAGUCUGGAGGCUGGGGCUUAGAAAGGUGGAAUUUGGGCUUUUUGGACAGGCUGCUUCCUUGAACUCUGUGUUAAAAACAGUUCUGCUUCUGGAAAUAAAGUUUUUCAUCAGAAAA